AUGCUCGGGGACCAGGUGUGCCACGACUGCAACGAAACAAGCAAGCAGCAUCACCAUCGCGGUCGAGCUCGCCGAGGGCAUCGCCUACGGGAGCAGAUGGAAGAUGAGCUUCAGGUCGAGUCUCAGGUCCGAGGCCACCUACUCGAGGCUCAGACUGCUGUGUACGAGCAGGGCUUUCUUGAGUCUCAGCACCAUCAUCGCGAAUCCCAACAGGCCCAGCGUGCUCAACAGGCCCAACAACCCCAGACUCGCCAGCAGCCGCAGACGCGGCAGGAUGCACAGUCGUCUUCUCCUGACGGCAAGACCAUCCGUCCUCUAGAGUCGAACAAGCUGGGUAACAUGCAAUUCCAUGGCGCGGGCGAUGCAGUGGACCUACCACCCCACGGCUUGUACCAGUUCUACACAGGUCAGUGA